GAAGAAAGCUUUAAAGCGAAGAAGAAGAAGAAGAAGCUAACCUCCAGGUUGUAGGAAGUGUUGAGUUCAGUGUGGUCCUUUUACCUGUUUGUGCUUUUUGUCUUUUUUGCAUCGAUCUAAAUACACCGCUGGUAAGUCACAGAAAUCAUAUUUAUCAAAGUUGGCGAAGUUAGAAACACUAUCGGCUGAUAGAGCAACACCCGUAGAGGUAAACAGCUUGUUAGCUUUGGCUAGGCUAAAACUGUCAACUAUCUCUGUAAAUGUCGAGGUUUCUGUUUUUAUGAAACUUUCUCACAUUAAUCAAAGUAACUUCGCACACUUUUAACUCAACACGCUUUUAUUGUCAUUGGGAUAUUUUAUUACUGACAUAUCCAUCUCAGGUGUUCAUUAAAGUAGGUAAACUUUGGAGAAAUGAUCUGAACUACGGACUUCGUGAAUCAGGAGCUUUGUUUUACUGAAAUAAAGACAAAUAUCUCAGACGAGGAGAUAUUUUUGUACCAGCAGCACACGCCGAGAGAGAAAUCUAACCUUAAACGAGCUUGGUGUGGUUUAAUAAGGCUGUUGAGUCUGCCUGAAAGAGCGUUUUUCUGUGAAGUAUCCUUGUUAAAUGGAGUGGAGUUUGGUCCUGACAGCGUGUCCUCUUCCACGCAGACAUCCGUGAUAACCUUUAAGAUCCCGUGUUUACCUAUGGGGCAGGUCUGUGAACAAACCCUCCAAAGAAAACAGUCCUCGGUAUCAGAUCAGCCUCCUAUGGGGCUGACAGAACAAAAAGAGAGAGACAGAAAACGACGGCUAGAUCUUUCAAGAGCUCAUGUUUUUAGUUAGAGAGCAGAUUUAUUUAUAUCUUUACAGAUUAAUCUGUGCAAUCAAGACACUAAAUCUCUGAAAAUUUUACAAAAUAAGUAUAGAGAAGAAAUCCAUGGUUCAUGACAACAUUUCCAUUGCCUUAGGAUUUCUGUCCAGCCAACUGUGAUAAUUUAAAGCUCCUGUAAGGAGUUUUUUGCAACAUUUAUGGAAUAGUAUUUAUGCCUUUUUAUGAUAAUCAAAAGUAGGACUGGGCGAUUAUAUGAUCAUGAUCGAUGAUCGUGAUAAAUUUCAGUUCGAUCACAGUGAUCAGCUGUGAGCAUAUUUGCUCGAUCAAACAUAGCGGAAAUGUGCGUCACAACAGCCAAUCAGAGUCAAGCUUUUCCUGCUCACUUCUGUAAGUUACCGGAGAAGUAAACAGGAAAAGUAAACAGAAUGACCAAACAUGGAGCUAAAGGCGGGGUGAGGGCAGCAAAAUAGAUGUCAGCCGUGACUUUGAGACAUUCUUCAAAGAUGUUAUUGUUGAGAAAUUAUUCAACGUCGGUUGUGUGGCGGUGGUUCGGGUAUCUCCAAAGUGAGGUCGAGUAAUUAAGCCGAUGUGCAAGGUAUGUCGGUGGUCGGUGCCCUCCAACAUAACAAAUCUGUUUAAACAUUUGAAGAUGUACUUCCCAAGUGAUUAUGCGAAAAGCAUGGAAAUGCGAGCAGAGUCUUCACAGCCUGUCACUGUUGACGGCAUGAGUAGCAUGAGCAGUUUAGUCACAACUAGCGGAACAGUUACCAGACCAAAGCAGCAAUCAAUCGUAUCAUCAAGUUUACAUCAUCUAAUGUUUACAUUUUAAGGUGUUUUCAUUAUUUCUGAGGGGGCGAUUUGUUUAUUUUGGGUCUUGCAUACCUGCAAAAAUACUUGGGACUGUGAACUAGUUCAAUGUAUUGUUUAGAAUUUAUCUACAUUUGUUGUACUGUUGAGUUAAAAUGGUUUUUAUAUUUUUCUAAGUGUAUCUUAUUCUUUGUUAUUUACUUUGUAUGUUAGUAACAUGUUGAACUAAUCUCUAGUUUCUUUAGUUUUUAGUACAGAUACUUUAAAACUGGCAGUUUAAAAAAAAAAUCGUGAUAAUAAUCGAGAUCGGACGAUACAGCAAAAUAUAUCAUGAUCAUUUUUUUUGCAAAAUCGCUCAGGCCUAAUCAAAAGCAGACAUCAUCAUUACUGACAUGACUAAUGAUUAAAUUGAUUUUUAAUAUUGGGUGAAGUGGGAGCGAAGAAUCAGUCUCUUUAUUGUCCCAGAGGGGAAAUUAGAAUUGCAGCAGGAGCACACAAAGACAGAAACAAGCAAUAAAAGAAACACCAUACAUACACACAAGAUCACUAAAAGAUAAUGUUCAGCCCAGAGCCAAUACCAAAACUGGAAAGGAUAACUGCCUUAGUAAACUGUGAAAAAGUGUGAAAUGCGGGGGUGCCAGCUAAAAAGUUUCAGCUGGCAGCUGGCAAACAUUCCUGUUAUUGAUGUUUUUACACUUUUACAAUAAAUGAUUCAGUUCGUAGUCCAAAGUCAGUAGGAUGAGAAUUUUUUGUCAGAAGUUUAGCUCAAGCUUGUAGAAGAUAAGAGAAGCAAAGACUGGUUUGGCCACUGGGGGCGCCAAAAUUUGAGACAAACUGAAAGUUCCUCACUGGAGCUUUAAGACGGGAAGAAAAAAUACAAGGUUCAUAUUCAGGAUAAAGAAAAUAAAAGGAAAGGAAAGGAAAGACAAGUGGGAUCUCCCUUCACAAAAAGCAUAAUGAGGCUAAUCGUUAAUUUUAUUCUCAUAACAUCUUGACGUUAAUCUCAUAAUUAAACAUAAAGAUUUUAGUCAUGCUGUCAAAUAUUUUUACACUGAAUUCAUUCUCAAACAUAAAAUCCUUAAAUUCUAUUUUAUUCAUGUGACCCUAAAACUCUGCUGUAAUUUUGGGCAUUGCUAAUAUACAUAUAAUCUGAAUCAGUCACAUGUUUUAGAUAGAUUUAUAAUAAGUUAAUGGAUGCAGAUUUUAUAGAACUUUUUGAAACAAUGAUAGUGAGAUGAAUAAUAAUGGUUUCCUGAUUACCACAGUUAGUUUGUGUCAUUGAUUUCAUAUUACUGAUGUACGAAUAAAACCACAUGAUCACUCUUAAGAAGUUUAUCUGUUUGCCGGGCUGCAUUUGUCAGUGUUUAUAAGAUCAUGGAAACCAAAAAAAAAGUAAAAACUACGGUUAAUUUUUACUUUCACAUAUGUGAGAUAUUACGAGAUGUAAAGUAUGACUAUCUGUCUGUGUGUGUGUUUUGAUGUAUCAUGCAGGUGCAGAGUAGACACUACCAUCACUUCAUUCAUCUCACCUGGACCUCCACCCAUGUACUGAGUGUGUGUGUAUGUCUGUGUGUAAAUUUACUCAGUGUCUAUGUAAGUGUGUGUGUGUGCGUCACCCCCCCUCAGUCCACCAUGUCCCUGUUCCCUUCCACAAUCCAGAUGAGUCCUCAGGUGUGUCUUCACCUGCUCUGCCUGCUUCUAUUCCUCACCGUCUCCUCCUCCACAUCAACACCGAGGAGGGACCCAGUUCAAGGUGAUCUACCGCUGCCAGGUAAGACUCUGCACCUCCAUGUAAUAGCAGAAAGUUGGGACACUGUGUAAAAGGUUCAUUAAGACAGUGUUUGAUGGUUUUAAAUCAUUGAACACCUAUGUAGAACUGAUGAAAGUGCAAAGACAACAUAUCAAAUAUAAGGGCAGAAAAAUGUUGUUUUAUGAAAAUGAUAUACUCAUUUUAAACUGGAAGCUGACAAAGGGUAAAACAAUAAAGUAGUUCCAGGAUCAUUUUCCCCAUCAUGUGUCAUCAGCUCUUCUUCCCCAAUGCUCUAUAAUCCUUUGUGAACCCAAGAGACCAGUUUCUGGAGACUGAAAGUGAGAUGUUGUCCCAUUCUUCACCCUUUUUGUCUUGUGAUUUCAAUCAACACUACAAGAUUUCUGGAUUUGAAUUGCACUCUGAAAGCUACGUGCAAUGUGACAUUUGCUUAUUUAAAAGAUGUCCAAGGGAUAUUUUGCAGAUGUAAUAUCUGGACAAUCAAAUGUGGGGGUGUUUAGUAUAUGCAGUACUUGAAGAGCUUCUGUAACCAGUGUGUUAUUCACUGCCACAGGCUUGUGCUGCUUUGGUUUUUUAUGAUUUCUGGAUAAAUUGUGUUUUUAUUCUUUUUCCACAGGUGAUAAUGCCUCCGUCAGUCCCUCGACGAAGAGCCCUCCUGUGGUGGUUCCAUUACCACCACAGAACAAUACAGACAGUGGCGUAAUAGCCCCAACUCCUGACAGCAAAUCAGCAGGACUGAACAGCUUAUCCACAGCAACAGCAACCAAUCAACAUUCAGAAUCUCCACCUCCAGAGGUCAAUGCUCAGCCUCCUGGACAGACCCUUCCUACCAUCGAGGGAGCUCCUGCAGAGGCUACUGUCAACCAAUUACCCACCAACCCCACAACAAAGUCCACAACAACAACGCCACCGGCAACAAACGCAAAAACAUCUCAACAUCUGACAACAACAAAAGCAGCAAUAACGACAACCACAUCACCCCAAACUUUGAAAACAACGAAUGCAACAUCACCUCAAGCUCCAAUGGCACAAACAACAAAUUCAACAAACUUGACGUCAACAAUAACCUCGACAUCUUCUCCACUAACGACCUCUGCAGUUACCAAAACACCUUCACCACCAUCAACACCUUCACCGCCAUCAACACCUUCACCGCCAUCAACACCUUCACUGCCAUUAACACCUUCACCAGCACCAUCAACGAAGUCUCCAACCACCACAACAUCUUCACCACCAACAACAAAAACCACCAAAGCCAUGCAAACCUCUGCAGCAGCACCGACAACCACAGGUGUGAAGAUGUCAACUCCAUCAUCAUCAUCAUCAUCAGCCACUAAAACCAUGAAGACGCCACCAGCCCAGACCACCCCCAGACUGACCACUAUCGCCCCCACAACCCAUCAGGAGCAGGUCACAACGGGGACUCUGCGGGUCGCUGUCGUAGAAGUGGCUGGAUCUGCUCUGACCCGCCAGUUGGUGGACACGUCAUCUCUCCUCGCCGUGCUGCUCUUCGGGCUCCUCUUCUUCUUGGUGACGGUGGGGGUGUUCGUCUCGCAGGCCUACGAGAGCUACAGGAGGAAGGAUUACACGCAGGUGGACUACCUGAUCAAUGGCAUGUACAGCGACUCCGGAGUGUGAGGAAGCAUGGUGCAAGGGGGGGUGGGGUCGUUUUGGUUCUCGGUUCCAGAAUUUGAGGGAUGGAAGAUGGACUGAACGGUGUCACGGCGUUGAUGCUGUGCCUCUAAUCGGUCAGUUGGGUUCAUUCUUGGUCUUUCUUGAACUGUCUGACAGCUUACUGAACCGUUAAAACUUUGACGCUUAUUUGAGCUUAUUUCCUUAAAGGGUUGAAUGUGGAGAGUUUAGCUCUUUCUAUUCAUGCCAAAUGAAAAAAAAAUCUUAUAAAAAGAGAGGUUACCUGGGUACAAAAGACCAGUCAUGUUGGCUGCGGGGUGGUUGGACCAGUUAGGAUUCUGCAAAGGGGGUACAAAGCUUAAACCACCCAGUCUCAGCUGAAUGUAGUCCUACUUAAGUCCAGUGUUUGUUAAAGGGCAGGGUGGUCACUGUAGAGAAAGAAGGAAAAAUAUGAUGAUCAGACUAUAUAAGAGGCUCUGAACUGGUUUCAUUUGGAUACCAGGAGCUCACAACCACUUCUUAUAUACAGUCUGUGAGCCAAGCAGAUUCUAUUUGAAAGCCCGGUGAAGGACCAAAGAGUGUUUGUGAAUUAAAUGUCAAAUAUUUAAAAAAGAAAAUCUUAAAAAGAAGAGAAAUGAAAAGCUCAACAGAUUUUCUCACCAGCUGAGACCUUUUUAAAGGGGAUUUGAUGAAAGCAGAGCUGCUUAGUUUGAUCGUCUUAAACGUACCACACUGAAAUCAACUGAGAUGAAACGUUCACACAUGGAGACCAGCACAUCAGUAGGACGUUACUGAUAUAAACUAUCAUACUUAAGCUUCAGAAGUUUUAUUAAUUUGAUAGUUUUACCUGUCAAAAGUUGCACAAAUCAAGAAGUUUGAGCAAAUUGGCCACAAUUGAUACAGAACUGUGAAAAAUGAGAGCUCAACUGAUCUGUCUUUGGGGAAAACAAAAAAACCUGUAGUUUCUUAGUUUUUCUAAAUGUGAGGCAAUAUAAACUCUUAAAGCAGAAAACGACAAUUUGGGGGUGAUUUGGAAAAGAUGUGAUGACAGAAUGAGUCCAGAAGAGGGUGCUACACCUCCUUAACUCAGCGUUUAUUAGAUUUCUUUGCUUAAAAAAGGCAGAUACAUUUGCACAGUUUUAAAACCAGCACAUGUACAUGAAGAAGAGUAGUGAUCUUAAAUGCAGGUAACCAGAUGGAUUCCAGCUGAACUGAACUUUAACUGGAUUUUUCUUCAGUAAACAUCAGUGUUUCAGCUGGAUAGGUCUGACCUGAGAGAGCCCGACGUGAAUCAGCCUCCUCUAAAUCUGAACUUAAUAUCCAUGUGGAAAAAAGUCACACGAGUCAAGAGAAUUAUUAAGAUAUUUCCCAGAAACAUUUCACUCGGGUUCUCCAGCCAGCAGAAUACAGUAGAAGAAGUAUUUCCAUCACUCUGCACUCAGUUCCCCCAGAUGUGGCCCUCUGUGUUGUGUGAGGGCCAGGGUUCACUCACUGUGGCGUCUGCUGCAGCCAAUAACCAGAGAGAGACAGUAGAGUCACUUCACAGUCACCAAGUUAACGUUUUCAUCCUCUAGGUUUUUCCACCAUUCGGGUUUGUUUGGUGAGAAAGUGCCUCAGUAAAUUCACUCUGAACCAUUAAAAAGCAACAAUUUCAAAAGUUUCACCUCAGAUCAGAGCAGCUUUUUGUGACCACCCUGAUUCUCCCUCUAAACAUAGCAAAAUAACCUGACAUUAUUUCACCACUGAUGCAUCCUAACCAAACCUCUAAGUGUUUCUCAGACUGGCGAGGACUGUGGAGAGAAAACGUUGUCAGAGGAACCUCUAUAAAAAAAAACACCCAUGUAAGAUGAGACUGAGGGUGUUUGUAUAUGAACGUUGUCUUUGCUGUGAAAAUGUUGUUUCAUUUCAGAACUUUAAAGACACAGUCAGACAUUUGGGAUGGUUUGGUUUGCUCACAGUGAUUUAAAAAAAAAAGGGAAUUGGCACACAUCCAAACAACGAGCAGACAUUUUCUGUUUCAAGACUUUUAAAGCGCAGAUCAAUGACAGUAACUGAGCCAAAGUUUUCAGAGAACAAAUGUGUAUGUUACCCAAAACCCUGUUGAUUAUUUUGGCUAGUCAAAGAUGUAGUUGGCUUGAAUUUUUUCACCUACCUGCCAACUUGGCCAAAAAGUUAAUUUCAGUCCCCAAAGAAGUGUUUUAAUCUGUUCCUUUACUGGCUGAAACUCCUUAUAGUAGCUUUAAGUGUAAUUUUUCUCCAGCAUUAAGAAUGGAGCUUACCCCACUCUGAGGACAGGAUUUUAAAAAUGUCUGUCUGGCUGUUGAACAAAUCUGACUGACUAAACUUUUUUUUUAUUGUAAGUCAAACCUCAAUGAAGCUUGGAGACCUUAAGCUCGUGUGUUAUUAUGUUACUGGUUAGAGAGACAAGGAGAUGAAUCUUUUAAAAUACACAUGAACAGGAUGAGAUCAGGAUGCAAACAGCUUUGUCCGCAAGGUGGCGCCAAAAUUAACACAUAACGAUCAGAGGAGACUUCUCAUGAUGAGAAAUGAAGGUUUUUGAAAAAAAUGAAAAGAAAUGUAAGCAAGGGGUCGGCAGCAGCAGCGGUUAAAAAUUCGUUAGAAACUUGACUUAUUUGCUUUUUACCCCCUGAAGUUUCCUCAUCCUCAUUUUGUAUAUUCUGUUUCAAGACCAGUUUUGGUUGAAGCAUCUGGUUUAAGCAGCAGCCUCUGGGCUCACAGGAGGUAAAAAACACACAUUACAUAUCUACAGGAACCUUAAACCAGAUUCCAUGUCGGAGAUUCAGCAGCCUGAUGAGUUUUUCUGAGUAUAAACCCAGAAAAAAACUAAAUUUUAGUCCAGCUGAGGUCAAAGACAGAAAAAGACCGUCAGAAAACAGAGUUCAAAGUGUCAGAGGAAAUUCAUCCACAGAUUUGAUUGAACUGUGAUUUGAAGUGACUGAAACCAUUUCCUAAAUGUCUGAUUGUUCCCUUAACAUUUCAAUUUUAUGUCUUAUUAUUUCACUUUGUUUUUCUUCCAGCAGCUUUCAGUAAUAAUAAGCCAUUAAGGUAUUCCUGCUGCUUUUGCACACAUGCGUUAAUUCAUGGGAACAGGGCCAUACUAGAUUUUUAUGUCACUGUAUAUUUUUUUACUUUUGCUCACAGUGAAUGUAUUUUUGACUGACUCACUCACUCACUCUGUGGGGUGUUUUCUUCAAUCAGGACUAUGUUAUGGUUUAAAUCCAGCUCAUAGUUCUUCCUGAACUCAGUGUUCAUGUAGCUACAUGUGCUCAUCUUCCCGUGCUUUUGUUUACAUCCUCUCAUGUCAUAUUUUGAAAUGACCCCCACAAAUUCCCUAAUCUUUGGGCUUCUCACAAGAGGCAGCCAGUAUCUUUUUUUUUCUGGUAGUAAUGAGUAACUUUCUGCAGCUCAGACAUGAGAUUGCUGUUAAAAGAAAAGUGGAUUGAGUCUCAACUUGUAGCUGUAAAAGUUUUAAAAAGUCUGAAAACAUUCCAGAAAAUGAUGGGAAGAUCCUGGCUGUGAAUAAUAGAUGAUAUUCAGGUUUAUAGGUCCUAGUUGUCUCAGCCCUGUCUGGGUUUUUGUGUCCCUCAUUGUUCAGUGAAAACUUAAAUCUGUGUUGUUUCUCUUCAUCCUGCAGACUGAAUAAGAGUUGCCUUUUCUUUUUCUUAACCAGCUCGUAUUAAUGUUCUUCAAGAACGGUUCAUAUUUGACGGACUUUUGCCAAAUAAUAACUGAAGCACAUUAUUAUUGAUCAAGCCAAGGGAAACAUAAAGCCAUUAUUGAGGUGUGACUGACUGACUGGACGAGCUGAGAGGAGGAUUUCUAGGGGACCUGAGCGCUCACACCAAUCAGAACUUUGAAUGGAAAAAGUUUUGUUUGUCUUUUUAAUCGAUUUGGGUUUGAAGACAUGAUAUCACUGAUUUAGUGUUUCCUCUAAACGACCGACACCAUGAGUAUGGAGGCAGAGAGCAGCACUUGAUGUUGUUUAUUUUGGGCGUUUUAUGCCUUUGUUUUGGAGAAUAGGAAGAGCAGGAACUGGGGGGAUGUGAUAAUGGGUCACAGGUUGGAGUCAGACCUGUUUAAAGGUCUACAGUCUAUCUGGGACCUUCCCACAGUGAUCCUGUCUCGCCAUUGUUACGCCUCUGUUUUUACCAUUUAUAAUAGCAGGUAGUUGAUUGUGGGCACAGUCGUAGUCUCAGGUUUGAUGGUGGGACUAUUGCUUGAGAAUGAAAAAGGCAAACAGCUAAUUUAAUUGGACAACACGCUCCAGAAAUAAUAAACAACUUUUAAACAAUAAAUGCAACCAUGGCUGCUCUCAGUCUCCAGAGCAUGGGUCUGACUCGUCUGAAGUCAUGAUCCCUGAGUACUCUCGUGAUCUCAACCUUACAAAGUUUACUUUCUUCCAAUCACAAAAGAAUUAUUUAAUGAUGUCAGUGCAACCCAAAAUACAUACAGAUGCUAAAUGAGGAACAUCCAAACACCAGGUAAUCACUGAUGUACACGGAUGACGUUACCAUGGUGGACUCUGAUGCUGUGCACUGAUGGUAUGAGUUAAGCAGCAUGAGAUCAGAAAAUACUGUGUGAUCACUGAAAGGUGUUUCAGACAAAAAGCAAAGCAAAUACAGAGUCACGAUUGAAGUCCUGAACCAGACUUUGACCUUAAAACAACAAUUUCAGAGUUGUUAGUUGACAAAUCCUAAAGUCUGACUUUGAGCAGAUCUGCAUCACCAUCCUCUUAGCCUGUUGACUGGAAUGAUUAACCCAGCUGAGAGAGUCCAGGAGAUGGUGAUCAAAAGGAUCUGACAGUGAAACUUGCAGGAUGCUGAGACUUGCUUUGCUUUUUGUCAGAAAUUCAAGGUUUCUUAUGUUCUGGAGGAUCUUUUGUGUCCUCGGGUGACUGAAACACGUUGCUCCUCUGAUUUGUGUCCUAGAGGAUGUCCCUGCUGAGAUGUUUUGAAGAUUUUUGGUUUCUUGAGUGUAAUUAGAAUUUAUCAUGUCAAUAUUUAAAAGAAACAGAGCUGCUCAUGGUCCUGGAAACAUCACAUGUGGAUUUAUGUUUUGGUGGAUUUGUGUGAAAAUGUCCAGAAAUGUCAAAGAGAGUACACCUGCUGUGUGCCAACUCAACAUGUACGAAUGCACUUUGAAAGAUAUUUUUACUUGCAGAGAAUAAAUAAAAGAACUAAUCUGGUGUGUUUGCAGUGUGAGUUGAUCAAUGAUUAGCCAGCAUUGAUUGGAGGUGAUGUUUUAUUCAUGUCUGCGGUGUAGUAACAGAGAUCUCUCCAUGUAAAGAGGAAUUGAUGAAAGCUGCAGAGAGGUGCAGGUUUAGCCGGCGGUUGAGUUUGUCUGCUCGGCUCCUCGGAGACUCAGCUGUUCAUCACACCGAUCUGCUCCCCUCAUUUCUCACAGCUCCACCUCAGCCUCAGGGAGUCUGCAGGACGCACAACGAGCCCAACUUGGCUUCUGCUUCGUGGAUUUGUAAAGGGAGAAAUAUUUUUAUUGGUUGUUUCAUGUUAAUCAGAUGGGAAAAUGCACGCUCAUAAAAUGCACAUGCGUGUUUAACAGCAGAUCUGGCAGGAGAGGGGAGUGUAAAGGUUGUGGAAUAAACUUUUUACAGGUUAACUUUAGAAAUGGUUCCAAAACCUGUUUCUAGAUUAAGUCCUGGAUUGAAAGAUGAACAAUGAAGCUAUGCUUUCCUCCUGACCAUCGAGGGGCAGUCCAUUGACUGUAUGUACUAUGGACAACUUGGUUCUGCCUUCUGUCAGUAUACGGAUUUGAAGCUGAAAAGCUCUCGGUAGUUUUUUCUCCACUUCCUUAAACCAACAUUGCGCAGUAGCGUUGUACGCAUUAGGCGGGAGAGUCGCAGAGAGUUGCUGUGAUGACGCUCAGCUCCAACAGCGUAUCCCUUGGGUGAGCUACGCAAUCUUCGUACUCCCAUAGGCUGUAUCAAGUGUCAAUCACAGAAAACAUGAACUCCCUAAUAACUUUUAAAAAUGGAGCUGCACAGAAAAAAAGAGGACUUAAGCACAAAUCAGUCUUUCUACAUGUCAACAUCGCAAGCCGG